AUGGUUUUUGGUUUGAUUGUUGCUGGUGCAGCCGCUGCAGGUUUAGCAGCACGUGCUGGUGCUCGUAGACAUUCAGGUAAAGAUAGAAAAGAUUCUGCUUGUGACAAAAAAUCUGAAGAAUAUUAUGAAGAAGAAUAUUGGGCUGAUUAUCAUGAUCAACACAGACAUCAUCAUGAUCAACAAGGACAUUAUCAUUAUCAACCUUAUCCUCCACCAAUGCAAUAUAAUUAUUAUGGAUAUGUUUAUGCUUAUCCUCGUUAA